AUGGCAACAUCGGCAUCCACAUCAGCAAGUGUGCCGGAGAGAAGAGGAAUUCCGGCGGCGUCGUUCGUGGAAGACGUCCAGAUUUACCUUUCUCAAACCGGUCUAGAUGUCAAUUCAGCUCUCGCUUUCCUGCAAGAAAGGCUUCAGCAGUACAGGGUAGUGGAGAUGAAACUUCUUGCUCAGCAGAGGGAUCUUCAGGCAAAAAUUCCUGACAUUGAAAAGUGCUUAGACGUGGUUGCAACUUUGCAAGCUAAGAAGGGUACUGGCGAGGCACUAAUUGCCGAUUUUGAAGUGUCAGAAGGCAUAUAUUCCAGGGCUCGCAUUGAAGAUACUGAUUCUGUGUGCCUAUGGCUUGGAGCAAACGUUAUGCUAGAAUAUUCGCGUGAUGAGGCAACUUCCCUUCUUCAGAAAAAUUUGGAAAAUGCCAAAGAAAGUUUAGAAGUUCUUGUCGCCGAUCUACAGUUUUUAAGGGAUCAAGUGACAAUUACUCAGGUUACCAUUGCUCGGAUAUACAACUGGGACGUACAUCAACGAAGACUCCAGCAAGCUGCCGCUACUUCCGCUGAGUCGUGA